AUGAAUUCAUCUAUACCAUCAAUUCUGAAAAAUCCACUCAAUAAAAUAAUUGGUUUAAGUAUAAUCUUAUCAAUAGGUUUUUUAUUGGUUAUAUUAGCUGGUAUAUAUGGUAAUUGGUUUCCCAUAAUAAUUGGUAUAAUAUUUGCAAUUGCUCAUUUACCAGUAGCUAUAACAAAGAACCUUGUUAGUUCAAAUUCAUCAGAUUAUGAUUUUAAUUUUGACUCAACAACUUCGUUAAAUUCAAAAUUUAUAAUUGAAAUUGGUCAAUUCAUAACUUCAUUUUUAUUAAUUAGUGGUAUAUAUUUACCUAUUUUACUAACUCAUUCAAAAAUAUUAACUGAAUUUGCCUCGGCGUUGACUAUAGUUGGUGGCCUAUUAAUAUAUGGUACAGUUUAUUCAUUUAGUCAUUAUUUUGACCAAGUAGAAGACGAAGAUGAUGGUUUGACUGAUUUAGGAGGUGGUGUAAUUUGA